AUGGCGAGAUCUACGGCGCUUUCUCUCCGUGCCGUCCUCGCGUUUGCCGCUGGCGUGUAUUCGCAGAACUGCAUCGGCAGCACUGGAGCUAAGGUCUACGAGGCCGAAAAUGGGGUUCUUAACGGAACCACCGUCGCGACGGAGCAAGCUGGCUUCACAGGCACCGGCUACGUAACUGGCUUCGAGGAUGCCACCGACAAGGUCACCAUCAACCUGGACUGCCAGGGCGAAGGACAGAAGCUAUUCGACCUCAACAUCAGAUACGCUGGUAUCUACGGCGAGAAGCGCACCAAUGUCAUUCUCAAUGGCGGUGCCGCUAGCGAGGUGCUCUUGGCCGCGACCGAGACCUGGGCCAACGUCUCCGCCGGUCAGGUGCUGCUCAACGAGGGCAACAACACGCUUGACAUUGUAACGCACUGGGGAUGGUACCUCAUCGACUCCAUCACGCUCACGCCCACCGAGGCCCGCGGACCUCACAAUGUCAACACGGCUCUCGUCAACGCGAAGUCCAAUGCUGAUGCCAACGCCCUGUACACCUACCUUCGCUCCAUCUAUGGCAAGAACAUCCUCUCCGGUCAGCAGGAACUCAACUACGCGAACUGGGUCAACGAGACCAUCGGCAAGUCACCCGCCCUCGUCAGCGUCGACCUGAUGGACUACUCUCCCAGCCGCGUCGAGCGGGGAACUGUCGGUACUGCCGUCGAGGAGGCCAUCAUCCACCACGAGCGCGGUGGUAUCGUCUCCGUGCUCUGGCACUGGAACGCGCCUACUGGUCUGUACGACACGGAGGAGAACAAGUGGUGGAGCGGUUUCUACACUCGCGCCACCGACUUUGAUGUCUCAACUGCCCUUGCUGACACCACCAACGCCAACUACACCCUCAUUAUCCGCGACAUCGACGCCAUCGCCGUCCAGCUCAAGAAGCUCCAGGAUGCCGGAGUCCCCGUUCUUUGGCGCCCACUUCACGAGGCCGAGGGAGCGUGGUUCUGGUGGGGAGCUAAGGGCCCCGAGGCGUGCAAGAAGCUCUGGGCUCUGGUCUACGACCGUCUCACCAACCAUCAUGAGCUGAACAACCUCGUCUGGAUCUGGAACUCGGUUGCUGCCGACUGGUAUCCCGGCGAUGAUACCGUCGACGUUCUCAGCGCGGACGUCUACGCUCAAGGCCACGGCCCCAUGACGACUCAGUAUAACGACCUCAUCACGCUCGGACAGGACAAGAAGCUCAUCGCGGCUACCGAGGUCGGCAGCGCUCCCUUCCCCGAUCUUCUCCAGGCUUACGAGGCCCACUGGCUGUACUUCUGCGUCUGGAGCGAUGGCUUCAUCAACAACACCGAAUGGAACAGUGUCGAUGACUUGAAGAAAAUCUACGAGAGCGAGUAUGUCCUCACUCUUGACGAGAUUCAGGGAUGGAGAGGUUGA